UCCCGUCAUCGAACGGGAACCGACCGGGAUUGGCUUUGUUUCUGCGGGGAUUUAUUUGUGUGAAACACCGCGUUUCAUGUAACGUUCAUGGAUGUCUGGUAACGUCGUCAAAGUUUAUAAACUACAGCAGCUGCAGUCAUGAGAAAUAUAACUUAGCCUGUAAGUUGUUGUGAAUUUGCCGUCUGUGUCAGCAUUAACGCAGUCUACGAUGUCUCCUGAGUGUUUCAGCAGUUUGAAAUGUUAGCCUGUUAGUUCUUUUAUUUAGCCUGUUAGCUGGGUCUGCUUUUAUUCAGCCUGUGUAGAUUUGUAAACAUGGAGCAGACAGCCAGCGUUAACGCAGAUCCUGCUCAAAGCUCCGACAGUAAUGGUCGUUGGCGCAACUGGACUGGCUUUUGGCUCCUCGGAUUGUGCAACAACUUUGCUUAUGUGGUAAUGCUGAGCGCCGCCCAUGAUAUCCUUAAAAAACAACAGUCAGAAAAUGUCACAACAUCUACUUCAACAACCACAUUUGCUGUGGACUUCCAAGGUGGAAACAGUAGCAACAGUAGCCGCUAUGACUGCAAUCCUGUCUCUACUGCGGCUGUGCUGUUAGCCGACAUCCUCCCAACACUCCUCAUCAAGCUGUUCGCUCCCUUUGUAAUCCACAAACUGCCUUAUGGUUUCCGAGUGUUGUUCUGUGUCAUCGUGGCAGCAACAAGUUUUCUCCUCGUGUCCUUCUCUUCGACUGCGUGGAUGAGCAUUCUAGGAGUGAUCUUUGCCAGUAUCAGCUCUGGACUGGGAGAACUGUCCUUCCUCUCGCUCACGGUCUUCUACAGCAGAGAUGUACUGGGAGGCUGGGGCUCAGGUACUGGUGGUGCCGGUGUUGCUGGAGCCCUCCUCUACUCGGGCCUCACCCAAGCCGGCCUGUCACCCCAGAUUACACUUCUCAUCAUGCUUGUGGUCCCGUUUGCUAUGUUGAUUAGCUAUUUUGUCCUGCUGGUUCCUCCAGCUUCAUUACCUCAGUGGAGAAGCAGAGAGACAGAACAUGCAGCUGUGGGCUCAGAGGAGAGAGAGCGGCUGAUGGAAGGAUCAGAGGAAGAGGAGCAGGACAAAUCAACCCAAGAGGCCGGCAGUACUGGACCUCUCACCCUCAAAGACAAGCUGCAUGUCAUCAGAGGCUUGCUGAAGUUUGUGUUUCCUCUGGGCCUGGUCUAUUUUGCUGAAUACUUCAUUAACCAGGGCUUGAUGGAACUCCUGUAUUUCCCAAAGUUUUUCCUGUCCCAUGCAGAGCAGUAUCGCUGGUAUCAGACGCUGUAUCAGGUCGGUGUGCUCGUGUCUCGAUCCUCCCUGUGCUGCGUGAAGAUCAGGAAACUGUGGGCUCUCGCUUUGCUACAGGUGGUGAAUGCAGUGCUGCUUCUGUUCGCAGUGCGUUACCAGUUCCUGCCCAGUGCCUGGUUGGUGUUUGCUAUAAUCCUCUAUGAGGGUCUGCUGGGUGGAGCUGCAUAUGUCAACACCUUCUACUUCAUCAGCAAGGAGACUGAAGACAGACAGAGGGAGUUUGCCAUGGCCGCUGCCAGUGUAGGAGACAGUCUGGGUAUAGCCCUGGCUGGAAUGGCUGCUUUCCCUGUCCACAGAUACUUCUGUUCUCUAUGACCCAGCCCACACACUGACCAGUGACCACUGACGAUGAAUAAGCAAGACAAGUGUGUGUUCCAUGUGAGGAAUGUUUUUUUUUUAAUAUUAAAUGAGUUUGAGAUCAUCGGA